UCGAAUCAGAUGAGGAAGGUACUGACAGAGAGCGGCUUUGGUACUGAAUCAGAAAUCAGAAUGGACUGUGGCUUUAUACAGUAGAUAUGAAAUAUUAGGUACCAUUUAACUGCCUCUGUUUCCGGUCUUUGUCAUGUCUGUCAUUCCCUGUUUAGUUGAUAGAUGGAGUGAGGAGAAUAACAACAUAAUUUUGACUUGGAAGCAAAAUGAACUUGGCCUUGAACCAAAUCAGCAUGUUUGGAAGCGAUGCUGGUCGGAAAGCCUUAAACUGCUGCAGAAAAUUCAAGGAAUACCAGCAGCUACUGAACGACUCGAACUUGAAAUGACAGUUUCAUAUAAUACGUUUUUAUUCUCGUUGAGUUUCUCCAAUGCAAGUGAAAUAGAGGAAAGUCUCACCAAUAGUUUAUUAAGAGCUUUAGAGGCUGGUGGAUCUCAGGUUUCCUGUUCUGAUCCGGUUCAGUUGUGGGAGGCUGUUCUACAGACUUUUGGCUCCUCAGUCUAUGUGCCUUAUGUCCACAAGCUUCUGCUCAUCCAGUGGAUGCUGUGGCUCAUGCAGUGCCAGUUAGAGAAAGUUCUUACUCUUCUGAUGCAAAUGAAUCACAAGAGUUGA